UUCGGUCUCCGGGUAGCAGUAACAACCAAUCACCAAGUAGGUCGUCCGUGUAUCCAGGCAAAUCGCGGCGACUACAGCCAUUCAGAAAAAGGAAAAUAAAGCAACGCAGGAGCCCUCUGGGCCGGGACCGUAGGGCUGGGCUGGAGUGAAGGUGGCUACGAGCUCUAGCCCCAUGCUGGGAUGGCAGAAGAUGAGCCUGAUGCUAAAAGCCCCAAGACCGGGGCAAGGGCCCCACAAAGUGGGGCUGAGGCUGGAGAACCUACCACUCUUAUUCAAAGGCUCCGAGGUACCAUUUCCAAGGCCGUACAGAACAAAGUAGAAGGAAUUCUGCAAGAUGUACAGAAAUUCUCAGACAACGACAAGCUGUAUCUCUAUCUUCAGCUCCCCUCAGGGCCCAGCACUGGAGACAAAAGCUCAGAGCCAAGCACACUCAGCAGUGAGGAGUACAUGUAUGCCUAUAGGUGGAUCCGUAACCACCUAGAAGAGCACACGGACACCUGUCUGCCAAAGCAGAGUGUUUAUGAUGCUUAUCGGAAGUACUGUGAGAGUCUUGCCUGUUGCCGCCCACUCAGUACAGCCAACUUUGGCAAAAUCAUCAGAGAGAUCUUCCCUGACAUCAAGGCCCGAAGGCUUGGUGGCCGCGGCCAGUCCAAAUACUGCUACAGUGGCAUACGAAGGAAGACGUUGGUAUCUAUGCCGCCCCUGCCUGGACUUGACUUAAAGAGUUCUGAGAGUCCAGAAAUGGGCCCAGAAGUAACCCCAGCACCUCGGGAUGAACUGGUAGAGGCAGCCUGUGCUCUGACCUGUGACUGGGCAGAACGAAUCCUGAAACGGUCCUUUAGUUCCAUCGUAGAGGUUGCCCGCUUCCUGCUGCAACAGCAUCUCAUCUCCGCCCGAUCUGCACAUGCCCAUGUGCUUAAGGCCAUGGGGCUUGCUGAAGAGGAUGAACAUGCCCCUCGAGAACGGUCAUCUAAGUCCAAGAAUGGUGUAGAGAACCUAGAGGGGGGAACUCACAAGAAACCUGAGAGACCAGCCCAGCCUCCUAAGGAGUCAGAAGCCCGGGCUAGUGCUAGCCCUUCUGCACGUGGAGAGCGGAAGAAAAGUGUAAUUGAGAGCUCAGUUCCCGCAGCCAGUAACCCACAGGUUAAUGCCCUAGUGGCCCGGCUGCCUCUUCUUCUUCCCCGAGCCCCUCGCUCACUUAUUCCACCAAUCCAAGUUACUUCACCUAUCCUGGCCCCAAAGCUUCCUUCAGGCACCCUGAAAGUGGCUACACUGCCUCUGCCCAAUAGGGCUGGGGGACCCCAGGCAGCUAUGCCCAUCAUUAACAUGAUCUUACCAACUGUUCCUGCUUUGCCUGGGCCUGGACCUGGGCCUGGGCCAGGGCCAGGGCCAGGACCAGGACCAGGACCAGGACCAGGACCAGGACCAAGACCAGGGCGAGCUCCACCUGGAGGACUAACUCAGCCCCGGGCCACACAGAACAGGGAAGUAGGCAUAGGUGCUGACCCAGGAUCCCAUGACAAGAGUGUCAAGAGGACAGCGGAAGUACCUGUGAGUGAGGCCAGUGGCCAGGACCUGCCAGCGAAAGCAGCAAAGCAGGAUGCAGAGGAUCCAACAAGUGAUGCCAAAAGAAAACGAGGGCGCCCCCGAAAAAAGUCAGGUGGAAGUGGGGAAAGAAAUUCUACCCCUGAGAAGUCAGCAACAGCCAUGGACUCUGCCCAGCCCUCAAAGUUACCAUGGGAGACCUGGGGGCUAGGAGGGGAAAGCAACUCAGCUGGAGGGGUAAAAAAGGCAGGGCCAGAGCAAGAGGCUGAGCAGGGGGCAGUACUAGCCCACGGUCAGGAUGAUGGUGCUGUUUGUAAAGGAGGAAGGGGCCCUAGUUUUCGACAAGCCAAAGAAGCAGAAGAUAAAAUUCCUCUCACCGCCCCCAAAGUGAGUGUCAUCAAGGUCAGUAGAAGUCAAAAGGAAACUCUUCAGGUGGCCAAGGGAGGGGCAGACACUGCAGCACAGGGUAAUAAAGGCUUAAAGGGACAUAUGCUUCAAAGUUCCUUAACUCAGGAGUAUAAAGACCCUAAGGCAACACCCCCAUGACAAGCAGCUCCAUGGGAGUGUCCAUAUCCAUAUGUUAACCACUUGACUGCCUGUUGGAGGCUUUUAUCUGCACUUGCUUCUCAUUUGGCUAUUCCUUCCUUAUGGAAGUCCAUUCUCUGUACAGACUGCUGAGUCAUCCAGUCUUACAUAGUGCCUGGUGGCUGGCUCUGACCUUCCCAGCUCAAUACUUUGGCUUUGGUGUAACUAAUAAAUCCAUAGUAACCUAACCUGAAUCCCUGUGCCCUCCUGUGGGACGGUAGGGACAGAGUAAGAAUGACGUUACAGGUUAGGGGUCUUCUGGUUUUCAAUCAUAGAAAACCUAACUCAGAAUGGCUUAAAGGAUGUACUGUUGGAUACAUCAGUACAAGGAUAAAAAGGAUGUACAAGGAUAAAAAGGAUGUACUGUUGUGUGACCUAAAGGCCACAAGUAGUGCUGGCUCCAGGUGAAGCUUGAUUCAACAUUCAGAAUGAUUCUAGGUACCUAAUUGAUUUUUAGUCUCACUGUUUCACCUAAUUAAAACCACCUCAGAGGUGCCAGCACUUCUGGAUUACACAUUUGUCCAAUUAUAUAUAUCUAGACAUCCUAGCAGGUCUGAAGACCCACUGUGAUUAGGCCAGCCUGGGUCAUGUUCACCCUGACCAACCAGGUAGCCAGGAAAAUGGGAUGCUAAUAUACUUGUUCUACAUCAUGGACCACCACCCUUUUGAGGAAAAGAUGGGGACUGAAGGCCUCACAGAUUCCCCAAAUGGAGACCAGGCCCCAGAUUUGUUGGGAGGUGCUGACUCCUCACUACAGCUAAGGAAUACAUGUGGUUCUACAUUGCUUGGCUGAGAUCAGCUCAGCCUGCUUCCUUUUUCCUCAGCCUUGCAUUUCCCAUACUGCAGCUGUUAUUUCUUUCCUCUUGUUCUGUUCUGAUUUCAAGGAAGAAGAGGGAAGUCAUUUUCUUUUCAGGGUCUCUCCAUUUAGCUUAGCUGAAAACCCUUUUUGCCACCUACAUCUCAGACAUGGAGCUUCUUCCUUUUCCUGUUUGAGUUGUCACUUCAUUUUCAUUCUUGCUUCCCUAUCCCCCAAUCUACCGCCACUCCCACCACCUAGAGUGAAAGACUUCCUGUCUAGGCAUUUCUUUAAAUUCACUCUGUAUCUACCAGGUGUCAGUCUCUUGUCAUACAUGUGUCAGGACCUAGCCAGGACUGUGGGGUAAAGGCCAAAUGUAGCUCUGGAGUCAGGGAGUCCCGGUGAGAAGGAGAUUUACUCCCCGGUGUCCUUGGGAAAAACAGUAAACAAAGUCAUAUUUAUUGAGGACCUACUUUAAGGUAGCUUAAGUCAGGGAAUCUUGGCUCUUCCCAAGAAACAUAUUUUUCCUUCAGGGAGAUAUCAUUCAUUUGUCCAUUUAUUUCCACUACCACAGUUUUUUAAAAAAUUACAACAUAAUAUCUAUAAAGUAUGACAUGAAUUGUGAAAAUAAUAAGCACCUAUGACUAUCACUCAGUUUAUACAUUAAAACUAGAAAUACCAUUGUGUUCCUCCCUAUCCUUUCCCCUUGCUGCUCUUAAAGGUAUCAACUGUCCUUAACUUUACAUUUAUUAAUGACGUGUGUGUGUAUAUAUAUUUAUAUAUUAAUCAUAUAUGUAUACUUUAAAAUGUAUUGUUUGGUUUUGCUUGUUUUCUGGCUUUUCAAAGUAUUAUACAUUACUAGCCCCUUGAAGGUUGUUUUUUUGCACUUACCAUUGUUUCUAAGACUCAUCCAUGCAGGUGUAAUAGCUAUGAAUCAUUAAUUUUUGUCUGUGUAAUAUUCUGUAAAGUACAUAAACCACAAAUUAUUUGGCCAUUCACCUAUCAAUGGAUAUUUGGGCUGUUUUGUUUUUCACUAUUACAAAUAAUGCUGCUGUUGGGGCUGGGGAUUUAGCUUAGCAACAUAAGCACCUGCCUUGCAAACAGGCAGUCGUGAGUUCGAUCCCCGGUACCGAUAAAAAGGAAAAAGACGGAAAAAAAAAAAAACCAAUGCUGCUGUGAACAUUCUUGUACAUGUUAGUGCCUUUGUUUUUAGUAAGAUUUCUAAAAAAGUUUCUAGGAUGGUCCUGUUAGUCUGUAUACGCUUGAGUUGGGAACUAUUCUCUCUUGUCUUAUCCUCUAGAAGAGUUUACAUCGGAGUGAAAUGAACUGUUUCUUGAAUAUCUGGUAAAACUUAACUUGUAAAACCAUCUGAACCUGA